AUGGCCGCCUUAGCCAGCUCCCUGAUCCGGCAGAAACGGGAGAUCCGCGACCAGCCAACCGGCCGGCCCGUCUCCACGCAGAGAAAGGUUUGCCCCCGAGGGACCAAGUCUUUAUGCCAGAAACAACUGCUCAUUUUAAUCUCCAAAGUCAGACUGUGCGGGGGGAGAAAGGGGCGGCUGGAGAAAACGCCCGAGCCGCAGCUGAAAGGCAUCGUCACCAAACUCUUCUGCAGGCACGGCUAUUAUCUCCAGGUCCACCCCGACGGCAGUAUUGAUGGCACCAGAGAGGACACCAACGGCUUCACCCUCUUCAACCUGAUCCCGGUGGGACUUCGCGUGGUCGCAAUCCAGAGCACCAAAUCGGGCCAGUACGUCGCCAUGAAUGCCGAGGGCUACCUCUAUACCUCUACUCACUUCACCGCCGAGUGCCGUUUCAAGGAGUGCGUCUUUGAGAACUAUUACGUCAUGUAUUCCUCCACCCUCUACCGGCAGAGGGAGUCGGGGCGGUCGUGGUACCUGGGCAUAAACAAGGAUGGGCAAGUGAUGAAGGGAAACCGAGUCAAGAAGACCAAAGCUGCGGCCCACUUCCUCCCAAAACUGCUGGAAGUGGCCUUGUAUCGCGAGCCUUCCUUACACAACGUGGUCGAGCCGGCCCUGGCGAAGAAGGCAGAGGAGGCCGGUGCCCCCUCCGUGCCCGUCAAAGAGAUCUCCAAGGCGGAAGCCACGUAG